AUGGCUUACGCUCAACCUCAUCCUCGACUGUCCGUUCUCUCCAAUUCUUCCCUGUCUUCUGUCGAGCAUCUGUCUCCUACAGCGAGUGCAACUCUUUUCUCGCUGCCAACAGUCCCUCCAACCCACUCAGCUCAUUCCAGUCUCAAGCCCCCACCGAGACCGGGCCCAAGCAUCUAUGAUAGACCCCUCAACAAGACUCGCGGUGCAGAGGUCUCCGCCUCAGCAUUCGCCUUUAUGUUCUCGGAGAUCGUGCAGUAUACUCAGAAACGGGUCAACGGGAUAAAUGACCUUGAACGAAGGCUAAACACUCUGGGAUAUCGAAUCGGCAUGCGCGUCCUCGAGCUCAUGAUCUGGCGCUCGGAAUCCUCCUCCAAGGCACCCAAACGUGAAAUCCGGCUAUUACCUGUACUCAUGAUGAUCCACUCCCAAGUCUGGAAAGCGGUUUUUGGCAAGGCUGCCGACGCAAUCGAAAAGAGUGUCGAGAAUGCAGACGAGUACAUGAUUAUCGACAACGAUCCAAUUAUCGAGCGACAUAUCUCCGUCCCUCGCGAUUUGAGCCAGCUCAGCUGUUCUUCCUUCACUGCAGGCAUCGUCGAGGCUGUUCUGGAUGGAUUAGGAUUCCCGGCCCGCGUGACAGCACAUAACACCCCCAAUUCACAGUUCCCGUCACGGACGACCAUCCUGAUCAAGCUCGAGAAGUCUGUCCUAGAACGAGAAGAACUCUUCAAAUGA